AUGAAACACACACACAACACGCUUAGGCACCCCCACAAAUCACGACCGCCGCUUCACGUAGAGCGCGGGCUUGUAGUCCUCGAGGUAGGCCUCGAUGACGCCGUGCUUGUAGGACUUGGUCUUCUUCCGGAUGUACAUGGCCCAGUCGUAGGCCGUGUGCUUGUGCUUGUCCUUGGCCUUGAUGGACGCGCCCGUCUCGAGGAUGGCCUUGACGCACUCGAGGUGGCCCGCGUACGCCGCGUAGAUGAGCGGCGUCCAGCCGCCUCUAUCUUUAGCUUCGGGGUCGCCGCCCUGCUCGAGGAGCACCUCCAGCAGGUCCGCGUCUCCCCCCAAACAGGCCAGGUGCACGGGCGUGAUGCCCUGCAUGUUUUUUUUGUCGAUGUUCGCGUGGCGCGAGUGCAAAUCCAGGAUCGAGCCGCUCAUCUUGUUCUGGGCCGCGCCCAUCAUCGGCGACGCGCCCGUCAGCCGGCCCCGGUGGCUCUUGUAGUCCUCGCCGCGAUCCGGGUUCGCUUCCAACCCGAGCAGGAUCUCGACCAUGUCCUCGCGCUCCUCCUUGAUGGCCAGCGACAACGGCGUGCGCCCGAACUCGUCGUACUCGUUCAUGAUCUUCGCGGCGUAGCCCUGGAACUCCUCCUUGCUAUUCCCGCCCUCGCCCUGGUGCCGCGUCCUUUCCACCCCAGCUUUCUUGCCGAUGUUCUUCUCGUCCUUCUCCUGCGCCGCCAUCAUAAUAUCCACAAUUCUGUUCUUGUCGCAGUCGACGACGGCCUCGUGGAGCGUCUUCCAGUAGCAGCACCCAAAGUACUUCCGCGUCCGGACGCAGCAGCGCGGCCGCCAGCUCUUCUUCUUCUUCUUCGGCUCGGGCUGGGCCUCGAAGGCGGCCAUCGCGUCGGCGAUCUCCUUCUUGCGGAUGGCGUCCCGCCGGGCCUUGAGGUCGCGCUUCCUCGCCUCGGCGAUCGUGAUCUCGUUGCCAUCCCUAUCCUCGAUCUGCGUCGCGAGGAUGUCCCACUCGUCGGGGUUCACCAUCUUGUUGUCGUGUCGGGCUGCCCCGAGCGCGCUCGGAACUCACGUGUCGUCGGCGCUGGGCUCUUGUCCAAGGUGUCUAGGCUGCCCGGCGCUCUUGGAACGAAGUUUGAGCCGCGGGCCGCGGGCAGCAAGGCUUCGGGACCACGAUGGGUCCUACGCGCCACUGCUGGGCCCCGGGACAGCGCGGAUAGGAGCUGUUUUUGCCCUGCCGUAGCGCGAGCUGGGCCUGGACCCGCACGGUACGGGCUAGCGACGGCUCGCGCGUACAUACUACGAAAGAGCCAGAUAAGUUCAGAAAUAAAAAAGACACAU